AGCUACCGCUCCUCUGUUGUUUGAAGCCGAUAUGGUUAACUUGGACAGGUUUUGCACAAAAUCUGGGCAGAAACUGCGCACAAUUAGGAAAAUAUUUGUACGUGAACGCAGCCUUACUGUUGCGUAAGUUUGAGCCACUUCAGGGGUGAAAGGGUACAGAGCAAGCAUGGCGACUUCCACAGAGGCGGGGAGCGAGGGUGCAAACAGUGCACAGACAAACGGAACUAAUAAAUCAAAAAAGAAACAAAAUAAAGUUGAUGAAUCAGACCUGUUGACCGUGCCAGAAGGAUGGAAAGAAAAACCAUUUACACAAGAGGACAAUCCAAGGGGUUUAUUGGAAGGAAGCAGCUUUGCCACUCUAUUUCCCAAGUACAGAGAAGCCUACUUGAAGGAGUGCUGGCCACUGGUGCAAAAAGCACUGGGGGAUUGUGAAAUUAAAGCAACUCUAGAUCUGAUUGAGGGCAGCAUGACGGUCAGCACCAGUAGAAAGACCUUUGAUCCAUAUGUUAUUAUAAGGGCUAGAGACCUGAUAAAGCUGCUGGCAAGAAGUGUUCCUUUUGAACAGGCUGUGCGUAUUCUUCAAGAUGACAUGGCGUGUGACAUCAUUAAAAUUGGCUCUUUAGUAAGAAAUAGAGAGAGGUUUGUGAAAAGAAGACAGAGAUUGAUUGGUCCAAAAGGAUCCACCCUCAAGGCGCUUGAACUUUUGACAAGCUGUUAUGUUAUGGUUCAGGGGAACACUGUGUCUGCCUUGGGGCCAUACAAUGGGUUAAAGGAAGUUAGAAAAGUAGUACUGGACACAAUGAAGAACGUUCACCCGAUAUACAACAUCAAGACGUUAAUGAUCAAGCGUGAGUUGUCAAAAGAUCCAGAGCUCAGAAUGCAGAGCUGGGAGAGAUUCCUGCCCAACUUCAAACAUAAAAACCUGAGCAAACGCAAGGAGCCCAAGAAGAAGACGGUUAAGAGGGUGUACACACCGUUCCCACCGCCACAGCCAGAGAGCCAGAUGGACAAAGAGUUAGCAACUGGUGAAUUCUUCCUCCGAGAAAGCCAGAAGAGGAGGAAGAAGCUGGAGGAAAUAAAGGUGAAACAAGCUGAAGCUCUAACUAAGAAGCAAGAAGAACGGAACAAAGCAUUUAUUCCUCCUGAAGAGAAUCCUGCUGUGAAAGCAAAGAGAGCUCCAACUGAAACCAAAAUUGACAUUGAAGCCAUCAAAGACAAAGUCAAGAAAGCCAAGAGAAAGAAGCUGGGUGCUCCCCCAGUUAACAAAGUAGCUGAGACUGCUUCUGCAAGUGUAAAGAAAAAGAAGAAAAGGAGCUAGGUUUUAUCCUGCAGUGACGGAUGUGUUCUUUUGGGAUACAAAUUCAUCUUUCCCUUUAUCUCUUGCUUUGGAACAUUCUGUAUAGGGGAAAUGUAAUAUAGAAAUGGCUUGUAGAGUACCAGUAUCAGAGUAGCCAUACAACAAACAUUGCAGAUACAAGGAGAGGAAAAAAAGGAUUGUGUUGAUCUAUUUCACUCAGUUUGGUUUAUUAAUUUUUUUAAAUAGAUUACAAACUUUGCCAGUCUUGUUAGAUAAACUUCCUGUGUGUAAUUUUAAAAGUUUGCAAAAGUGUCAGUGUUGUAAUUGCAUUAAGGAACUUGAAUGAGAGAAAUUGCCACACCUUAAAGUAAUUGCAGCAAAACGAUUUUUUGAUUGCAUCUUGCCCUUUUUGCUCUGCCAUUAGCUACAUGGGUCUUAAGUGUACAGUUUUGAAAGAAACACGUGUUCUAGCAGAUUUCUCUUCGUUGUAAAACAUUAUCUGGUACUACUUUAGGUUAAAAGGUUGGUUUCUAAGCCUUAUUGCAGGAUGUCUGUUACACUUUCACUUCCUGAGUCAUUUGACCUGCGCUGUGUCUUGUGCCCACACAAAAAGAAGCCGUAGGGGGAGAGAUGAGAGACAAUUUCCCCUGCAGGUCAAAUGCAACACUAACUGAAAGCACUGUUUGCAAACACAUUUUUUUUAUUUUUUUUUUUAGUACUUUUGAAGCAAGUUUAUUUCCAUUUAUCAUGUUUACUGUAAUGUGUUUCUUUCAGGAUUGGUCAUUUCAGAGAAAUGCCACAACUAUAAUGGUUUGCAACAGUGCAAUCACUUCUAAAACCCUCUCAUACUGCACGCUUGCUCCUUCGUUAACAUUUUGCCACUUUGCUUUCCAGUCAUGCCCUCCCCUCCAAGUAUGUAGAAAAGUAUAUUUAUGCUCAUUUGUGUCAAUUUCCCAAGCAAUUAUGCAAAAGUAGUCAGAUCUGCUAGUGGUUAGGUAAAACGCCCACAGAUAUUCAGUGUGUGUUCUUUUGCCAAACACUCAGUUCAGAUUAUAUUUCUGCCUGCUGAAAGCUGAUUGGGAUGUGCUUUCAAGAAACAUUAUCAUCAAACCAUUUCAGGGACAGACCUCAAAACUCCAUGUCAUGUUGUUUAUUUGGUAUUUUCUUUUAUGU